AUGGGUCGGCUCGACCGGAGUGAUACCACGGCCUCACAGAAAACUGGCGUGAAACAACCACAGCGUUGUGUUUCGCCAGACAGAGACAGAGACAGAGACAGAGACAGAGACAGAGACAGAGACAGAGACAGAGACAGAGACAGAGACAGAGACAGAGACAGAGACAGAGACAGAGACAGAGACAGAGACAGAGACAGAGACAGAGACAGAGACAGAGACAGAGACAGAGACAGAGACAGAGACAGAGACAGAGACAGAGACAGAGACAGAGACAGAGACAGAGACAGAGACAGAGACAGAGACAGAGACAGAGACAGAGACAGAGACAGAGACAGAGACAGAGACAGAGACAGAGACAGAGACAGAGACAGAGACAGAGACAGAGACAGAGACAGAGACAGAGACAGAGACAGAGACAGAGACAGAGACAGAGACAGAGACAGAGACAGAGACAGAGACAGAGACAGAGACAGAGACAGAGACAGAGACAGAGACAGAGACAGAGACAGAGACAGAGACAGAGACAGAGACAGAGACAGAGACAGAGACAGAGACAGAGACAGAGACAGAGACAGAGACAGAGACAGAGACAGAGACAGAGACAGAGACAGAGACAGAGACAGAGACAGAGACAGAGACAGAGACAGAGACAGGCCCUGGAAAUCAUUUGACAAAAGUCCGCGACUCCUUUUACGACGUGGCAGUGUCUACUAUGGUCGGGAGCGAGUCAGGGUGGAGUGCCGUCGCUAUCUUUUGCGAGGCCGUGAUACUCGCAAAGGAGGCGGCGGAAAGGGAGUGAGAGGCUGCCUCCUCUUCCUCCCCCCCGCAGCAGACGCACUAGACGUCGUAGAGUGGCCGACCUGCGGCCACCGUAGGGCGCGGCCUGCGGACGACAGACUCGGGGCGUCUAGUCGUCCGACCAGCAGCAGGCCUCGAGGCAGCGGUGCCGUGUUCCGUGCGCGCCUCAUAGUGGAGUCCUGCGGUCGGGGUGACGGCCGCAGUGGGUGA